CACAGUCGCUGCACGCAGUGAGAAUGGCUGCCUUCAACUGCAGGAGCUUGGUGUUGGCCUCUCUGUUAGCGCUUCUGGUGCUGUUGCUGUUUGGUGCCUCCCAAGCACAAAGCAACCAAGACUGCUGCCUCUCUUACAGCAAAGGGCGCCUGCCUCGGUGGGCCAUAAAGGGCUAUACUGAACAGCUCUCCAGUGAAGUCUGCGAUAUCAGUGCAAUCAUUUUCCACACCCACAGUGGACUGAACGCCUGUGUAAAUCCUAAGGAAGGCUGGGUGAAGAAGCAUCUUCUUUGGUUGAGCCAUAAGCUCAAGAGGAUGUCGAUGUGAUGUGGUUUCCAGCAGGGAACUAAACACAGACGUGGCUGAAGAACCACUAGGUUCAACCUCUCGGUUGAGAUCAUUGUCUUGUACACCGUUGUGUGCUUACUCACCGCUAUCUCUGGCUUCUUUGGAACCGUUGAACUUCUGAAGUUGAUUCAUAUUGCAUCACUGUUUUGCUUGAAUUAAGCAUUUUGUUAAAGUUUCUAUUUUACUUACUAAUAUAUGACAGUAGAUUUAUAUUCAGUAAAGACUACCUUAAGCUAUUGUACAGAGUAUGUAUUCUAUUAGGUUUUUUGCAUAGUUGUUUUGUAUGUGUGCUGUGUGCUAUUCAGCAUAUGUAAAGCAGGUUAUUUAUUCUGUUAAUUUUGUUACUUCUUUGGCACUUUCUUGUGCCAAAAUGUUUCCUUUUAAUUCUAGUUAGCAUGAUAAUACAUUUUGAACUGUUGAUAAACAAAUUCUGUUUGUAAGAAAAAUGG